GUGUAACCGCGACUCCCGCGCAAGACGCACGUUCGAUCGACUCGCGAAACUUCGAAAUUUAAAUAUUGUUGUGAACUGUGGUGCUUUUUGACGGAUUUUUUUUGACACUGGGACCAGUGGGACUCUUUUGUUUUUAAAGAGCCAAUGUCCAUCUAAAAUGUCGUCAGCAGGCGCCGUCCUCCUGGAGGCGCGGCCGUUCAGGCCGUUUAAGUCCUCCGAGGAGUACCUUUACGCCAUGAAGGAGGAUUUGGCUGAGUGGCUGACUAUACUCUACCCCGAGCUAAGGAUCAAUGCUGAUAAUUUCCUAGACAGAUUAGAUACUGGCGUCGCUUUGUGUCGGCACGCCAACGCUGUCCGUGACUCGGCCCGCCUGAUCCUCGACUCUCCAGCCCCAGAAUCCGAUGAUGCCCUCACCCUAGCCAAGGCCCUUCGCUCCAGACCCCCAGUCAACAUGCUACCUGCCGCAAAAGCUGGCACUUUCUUCGCAAGGGACAACCUUUCAAACUUUAUAGAUUGGUGUAGGAGAGCACUUGGGAUUUUGGAGUGUCUUCUCUUUGAAACUGACGAUUUAUGCUUGAGAAAAAAUGAAAAGCACGUAGUUUUAUGUCUCUUGGAAGUAGCGAGGAAAGGAGCGGUUUUAGGAAUGCCGGCUCCGCUGCUUGUUCAAAUGGAGAAGCAGAUAGAGAGAGAACUAGCUGGGGAAGAACUUAGACCGGAUGAUAAUGCGCUGGGAUUGGUUCCCGUUGGUCCGCAGCCUCAGCUGGUAACCAAUGACUUGAGGAGUUUGGAUGAGAGGGUGAGGGAUUUGGUGGAGAGGUGCUCGUGUCCAACGCAGUUCCCGAUGGUGAGGGUGUCGGAGGGGAAGUACAGGAUUGGGGAUACGAGGCUGCUGAUCUUCGUCAGGAUCCUCCGCUCCCACGUGAUGGUCCGCGUGGGGGGCGGCUGGGACACCCUGGCCCACUACCUCGACAAGCACGACCCCUGCCGCUGCCGCGCCCAGCACCGCACCUCCCUCUCGGCCCGCCUCGCCCGUCCCAAGCAGGACCUCGCCGGCGCCACCGUCACCUACGAACGACCAGAUCCUUACCAGCAGAAAGAACCUACAUCUUUACAGUACUCCAAAUUCUACAACGAUGACUCCAGAGCACACUAUCAGAGUAACAACAGACUUGAUGCUCCAACAAGCUUACCUUACUUAGGAGAAUUAGAAAGAGCUGCAUCACCAAGCAGAAAACACUUAACUCCACGCGCGAAUAGCCCUGGUCGAAAAUCCUCCUCACCAGAUCGGAGAACAAAGAUUGUAGUAUCUAAUCAUUUGGUACCAACGCCUCAUGCUGUAAGAAAUAAGAGUCCAAGACCAGUAUCUCCAGCGCCAGCGGCUGAGAGCGCGUCUGAUAAUGGGUCUGAGGUGUCGGAUGAGGGGUAUAGGAGUUUGGGAGUGGUGGCUGGGUCGACGCAGGGAUCGCCUUCGACUAAAACGACGAAUCGAUAUUCCAUGCACAGCCAGAAUUCGUAUGAUGACGCUGAAUAUACUGAGCGUCUCGACCAAGACGACGGCUGUCACAUGGACCGCGACCGUGUAGAUGACUACGUCAGCCUGAACACCGGCCUGCGCAAGACCGGCUACGCUGACACCUUCUACCGUGGCAAGAAACCUUCCUCCAUUGAGGACAAGUCCAACAGAACCAGCCCUGAGCGCAUUGUCGUCGUAGAAAGCAACAACUCACCUAGCAUGAGCCUUCGAGCCAGCAGAGACGUGGAACCUAAGAAAACGCUCCGCAGCCGACCUCCCAGCAGGAUCCCACAUUCACCCGUCCGCGCUAGGACACCCAGCCGCGGCAACACCCCAAGCCCUAAGCACACAGCCAAUGUACAGACUUCUCCUAAACUGACUCCAAAGUUACCACCAACAGCUAGAAACACUUGGAGUGGACGCACUGCCCCUAAUCAAGCGAAGUCUAAAGCCAGACCGACUAUCGGCGCUGAUACCUUCGACAAUCCUAACAAAUCUCCCAAAGCAAGGCCUAAAGCCGCUCCGCAGAAUGAAGCAUUCAAGAGAAAUUCCCCGCUUAGAGCUAGCAGCGUUACUCUCCGCUCUCCACCGAAUCAAAAGCCUCUAAGUCCUUUACUAGAACACAUCUUAAGGUCCACAGAAACUGCUAAAGACGAUGCCGCAGUUUUGGAAAAGAUGAAAGAGAUCAUCAGAACGUAUUCAAAAGGAGAAGAUUCUUUAUCCAGGACGAGUUCUAAAGACUCAGAUUACGCUGAUUUCACUUCAGCGUGGGUGAUGUCUGAUGGGAAACUAGAAAGGUCGACUAGUACAAGACAGUUGGCUGCUCCAAGGAAGGAUCCACGGAACGGAGCCUCCAGGAUCCCUGCUCCUGUGUCGAUAGGAUGCCGGAGGUCCACUUCCACUUCCCAGUUUCAAUGACAGGGGUCCCAGGAUAGUGAGCUCAGUGACAAAUAAAGACUGAAUGCCGGAGAAGGGGUUGUGAUGGUUCAUGUCAAGUGAUAGAAAAAGUUCCGUUUUUGGCAAUAAUUAGUGUAUUUGGAAGACGAUUUCGAAGGUUUUUGAACGGCCUGGCAUAGUAGCUAUAAUUCAAGGCUCACGCCUGUUACGUAUAUGAUAUAUCAUUUCUAUUUAUCGAAUAUAGCGUAUAGUCUAUCAGUUAUACUUAUCUAUCCAUAUCUUUUAUGUGUAUUACUUAGUUGUAGGUAUCAGUAAUGUUUAUAAAUUGUAGUGUUUUUGAAAAUUUUCUAAUGUCGUCUAAUUGGUGUUUACACUUAAAAUGUAGUAAAUUUACACUAACAUAGAAGUAACACCAUAGUUUAUUGAAAAAACUAAGGGUUCUUAAAAUAGACACUGGUUCGUAUGGACCCUAAGAUUAGGUAAGCUUUAUUUUAAGAUGACCUAUUUUUCUCUUUUGACACUGAUUUAUUGACUUAAACAUUUUUUGUGUAAAACUGUGUCAAUAUGUUAGUCUAUUUACACACCAUUUUUCAAUAUAAAUUGGUCAUCAGCAUCACUACCUAUAUAAUUACUGAUUUCUGAUUAUCUUUGUGAGGUAACUGUCCCAGUUUUAGUUCGGCUGCGAGUGGGAAAUCAUUUUCGUAUUUUUUUGUCUUUGUGAGGUAAGCUGGGGCUGUGAGUGGGAAAUUGUAUUAAUUUUUUUUGAAAAGUGACAAUGAAGCUGCUAUAGUUUCGGUUUAUCUUUACAAAGAAAAUAAUGACAUAAUAUAAAGACAUUUAAAAUAACACUAGGUGUAACUUAACAGAUUAAAGUUUAGAGGCAUUAGAGUAACUAACGUUAGAUUGUAAUACUUUUUGCUAAAGACCAUGAAAGCACCAGAACAAACCAUUGUGUUAAAUGUAAGCAAAAAAAAAUAGGCUUUGAACAGCGUCGCACUUUGAUUAAAAAAAUCUGUAGGGUGAGUUCUGGUGUUAAAUAAUAUGGUAUAAUAUAGCGUUACGCGGGUUGAUUCACAAAUAGCGACGAAAGAUGGUGCUAAUUUUAAUUUUAGGUUAAAUAAAAUAUGGCAAGUCCCAGUAAACCCCAGUACGUGAAAACGUAUUUUAUACGGACAAAAAUACCAUUGUAGAUUUUUAGUGUCAGUGGCGUAUAGUUAUGUUUAUAGCAAUAAACUUUUCAAAGUUAUAUCGUUUGAGCAUUUAAAACAGGUAUUAAAAGCAUAUUAUCCCAUGAUGCUUUGCGACACUGACAUAGGUUGCAGGUGUAUGGUUUUCUUGAAGACAUUCAAGCCCGAGAUGGACAUAACAUUUUAUUUUCAAGUAGAAAAUUAUUCAACAGAGAUUUUAUUUUAGUUCUAAGUAUACGAUAAUCGUCGCCCAAUAAAAUUAGUUGUAAAAGAAGUUUAAAAUAAGUUUUUAGUUAGAAAUUACAUUUUUUUAAGUUUUUUAUUUGAGACUAAAAUGGACCCGGUUAGUUAACAAAAUUAACGUAGUAUUUAUUGAGAAAUGAGCAUUUGGUGAGCAUUUAUCGGCGAUCAUUCCAAUUUACCGGGAAUUUUUUGAUUUUUUUUCAAAAAGUAAUCUCAUGUUUUGUCUGUAACCGUAGUUUUUGUAAGCGACAAAUGUACAGUCAACCGUAUGCAAAUAAUUUGUCAGUUUUCUCGACUAAUAAUUUGCAUUGCAUAAAUCAAGUGUAAAUAAAUAAACAACAACUAGACAGUGAAUUAAAUUCUCAAGGGACGACGUGAAAAAGGCGCCCGAAGCGGGAAUCCGUAUUGACCGUGAAAUAAUGGUCGAAAACAAAUUUAAAAACUUUUAACCAGUAAAAAUUUUGAAAAAUGGUGUAUUACACAGGAAAUCGUAUUAAGCGGGUACAUUUGUAACUUUGUCGCUUAGAAGAACUAUAGUCCAAUUAAACGUAGGUUGUGAAUUAGCAGUUGGUGGUUGGGUUAUAUGGCAUUGAACUAAAUCAUACAAAAUCGUACCUCAUCCAGUAUACCAAUAAAAGAGUAUUUUUUCACUCGCUUGUAGUGUAGACAGCUUAGUGACUUGAAAAUAUAAAGGUUCUAAUUGCAUUUUAAUUGAAAACAAAAUAUCAACCUUAAACGUGUCGAAAAAAAGACUUAAAAUUAUACACAAAAAACCGAAAUAUCAAACACAAAAAUGACGUUUCUCAAUAAUUCAAAAAAUAAUUCAUCAAUGAAUUAAAAUUGUAAAAGUUGUUAAAAAAAUGUAAUAAAGAAUCUUUAUAUUUGUCACGCAAUAUAGCCAUGCCAUAGACCGUCCGAAAAGAAAUAUUUUUGGAAAAAAUGAAUUUAUCUGGAAACCGCUUUUUGGUAAAACAAAGACGCAUAAUUCGUUAAUAAUAAUAUUAUAUGAGUCUAUGUUUAACCAAAGUUUGAAAGAUUUUAAAUUUAUAUAGUAAUUCACUGUUUCUGAUGCUUCGUAUGUUUCAUUCUAACUUGUAGAAAAUAUUUAAAAAUAAUUGAACACUUUAAAAAAAAGUGACAAUCCAAAAAGCUCAGUUUCUACAUUAUGCGAAUCUAUAUAAAACUUUUUAGAAUUUGUCACAAUUUUUUUAAUCUGUGCAAUUAUUUCUCAUGCUUCUAAAAGCUUGAUCAAGAUCGCUUCUCUCUGUCCAAUUUAUAGGCAUCGCUUAACGUGCGAUAGAGACAGAAGCUUUCGCAAACUAUGCUAAAAUAGUAUAUUGAAUAAGUUAGAAUCGGAACUGCUUUUUUUCUAUUAUAAAUUAUAUAUUAAACUACCAGGCUAUUCUAUGCUUCUAUACUAAAUAAGUACUACAUUUCUGCGCAUUGUGGAUUCCGCUUACAACGAGUUGAAAUAUAUAACUAUGUGCAAUAAGUUUUUACGUUAAUGUCUCUUCAUAAUAUGUACGUAAUGUACAUAUAAAGCUGAAUAUGUUAAAAACUAAGCCUUGAAAAUAAAACAUAAAAUAUCAAGCACCGUAGGUAUACUAUUUGAUACGAAAUAUUUGAAAUAGCUUUAAGUACGAUUUGUUUCGACAUGCAUGUAUAUGCAAUUAUGCAGUUAUGUCGCUAACUUGACAGUAAUUUGACACUACAAUUUUUUUUAGUUUCCAAAUGUUUGUUGUGAGCGGAUCCACACAUUCUUUAGGUAUAACUUGGUAUAACUUUAGUUAUGGUUGAGAAUAUAGAGUUAUAAUUAAAUUACUAUAUUAAAGAUAAAAUUACUUACUAGAUGGCGCCCAAAUACGCCCGAAUUUAAGUCUCACGAAGGCUCCGCCAAAAAGCCGCUUCCAUACAAUCGAACUUACGCUCUCCUACGUUAAAGUUUUAAGGGAGGCGCAGACUAUAGUACGAAUUUUCUCUAAUGAUUUUUAGGCCUCAGACACUAAUCCAUUAAAUAAAUGCCUUUGUUUCUUUUAAGGAGAGGCGCCUUAGUCGCGUGCCGAGCGCGUGCCAAAGCAACCAUGUCGAUAAAAAGCAACUAUCGUGAUAGUAUUAAGGUUCAAAAUGUAACGCUCAUUCUGAGAUAGCGAGUUUGGGUAAUGAAGGACGAUCAGUUGCCUGUGUGGCCUCAGAAUACAGAGCUGCUACAUAAAUUUGACCCAUAUAAAUAGAACGGUAAAUAUUUCAGUCAGUAGCGGUAGCAUUGGUAACCGCUGAACAAAAGAAAGGCCUUUGAUUAACAGAUUAGGGUGUGAGGCGUAAAAUCAUUUGAGAAAAUUCAUAAUAUGGCAAGAACUUGCAAACAAUUUACGUUACAUUGCCGACUACUGAGGCUGCAUUCAAUAGCUUGAUCAGAUACCGCAAUGUAAUGAAAAUUGCAUGCAAGUUCUUGCUGUUAAGCUUAGAAUAAAUUUAAGAGUGGAAAAAAUACUGCCUUGGGUGAGACUUGAACAUGGCUUCUGGAUAGAUACUCCAGCGCUCUGCCAACUCGGCCACCAAGACCUCAAUUCUAAGCUUAAUAACAUGGUUUGUUUCUGCUUGUUAAAAAUUAAAUAAGUUCUUGCUAGUCUAAACCUCGUUUUACAUACAGAACUUCUACGGGGAGGGCCACAUUUUGGCGGUCGGUUCGUGUGAUUCACGGGCAUUGAUAAAGCCCAUCUAGUGAGAUUUGUAAGCACGAUAUUCUAGUUUACCUAUCACUUUGAUUGUAACUCUAUAAUCUCUGGUUUUGGUUAGUUUAUUGUGCUAGAGGCUAAGUGAGACUUAGCUGCUUCAUAGUUGUUACCACUGACAAUGCCAUAGACAUUCGUUAUUCUGUUUCACUGAAUAAACUUGAUACAAGAUAAAAAAA